AUGACAUACGGCAUCUUUAAACCUCACUGGUCCAGAUACCUAGGCCCUGACGCUCCAGAUCCUGCCAAAGACACCUAUCGACCUCACGACGAGGCUGUAUUUUCGUCGCCAUAUGGACCAUUCCCACCGACACCAGACGAUCUCAACAUCCACGAACUCUGCUUUCCGUCGAACAAUCCAUUACCCGAGGACUACCCUCUAUUCAUCAACGCUGUAACAGAAGAAGUGGUUACACUCCACAGCUUCUAUGCUCGAGUGUGUGCAUUGGCGCGUGUCUUCCGGUAUGACGGACCAAAUCCGUUAGGCUUAGACAAGAGCCCCAUAGACGACAAGGAAGAUGGCGAGAUCCUAGCGCUAUUCUCGCGGAAUCAACUGCAUUAUCCAAUGGUUGCGCACGCAUGCUUUCGAUCGGAGCUGGUAUUUGGGGGCAUCAGUCCCGCGAGUACACCGUACGAGCUAUGGUGGGUGCUCAGAAAGAUGCAAAUUACCAGCAUCAUGUGUCAUGAGACACUACUUCCUGUUUUGAGAGAAGCGCUAAAGCUAGGGACUGGUGACGGCGACAAUCUACCCCUCAAGCUCAAGUUGAAUCCCAACAAAGUCAUCGUGCUUAGCGACAAUUCUCAACUAGAUACCGUGUCGGGAUAUCGUACGAUCGAGUCGCUCGUGAGGGAGGGUUCAAAGCUGCCGGAGCAGCCGCGGAAGCUGCUUGGGGGAAAUCGAAUGGCAUAUCUAUUCCAGUCUUCAGGAACUUCGGGUCUACCAAAGGCAAUGAUGAUCACACACAGUAAUGGUUACCACUCUGGAAUACAGACGCUUAUUACUGCCACGCAGGCCGCGCGCUUUGCAGGAGACGAACCGUUGACACCCGUUACUAUGCUCGGCGUCAUACCAAUGUACCACUCAUACGGUAUGAUCAUCUGGAUCCUUCGCGUCAAUAUGAUCAGACAGACGAGCAUUAUGCUGCCGAAAUGGAACCUUGAGCUCGCAUUGAAGAGCAUACAAAAGUACAAGAUUACACAUCUUCCACUGGUGCCACCUCUGGUUCGCCAACUCGCCCAGAGUCCAUUGACUGAGAAGUACGACCUGAGCUCUGUGAUCGGCGCGUCGAGCGGCGCUGCAUAUCUGCCACCAGAUGUCGCAUACCAACUGGCCAAGAAGCUGCCUCAAGGUGCGGGGAUGCCGGUGCCAAGUGGCUAUGGUCUGAGCGAAGCAGCCAGUAUCGCGAGCCCGGCUGCGCAUGGCAUAUUUGGAUUGGAGCCUGCACUACCCGGUAUGAUCGGUUAUCUGCUACCGGGUAUGCAGGCUCGGGUUGUAGACCCUGAGACACUUAACAAUGUGCCCAAAGGCGAGAAGGGCGAGCUCUGGGCGCGCGGAGCAGUCGUCACCCCUGGAUACUUCAGGGACCCGAAAGCUACUGCGGACAUUUUCACUGAGCCUGGUUGGCUACGCACUGGCGAUCUCGUGAUGCGCGACGAGCGUGACCGUAUCCACUAUCUCGAUCGCCUGAAGGAGAUGAUCAAAGUCAAAGGUCUCCAGGUCGCUGCUACGGAGGUUGAAGAUACGCUGCUCGAUCACCCAGAAGGUCUGGUGCGCGAUGCGUGCGUAGCGGGUGUUGACAACGGCCGCGGCGAUGGCUCUCUGUUCGUCCGCGCGUGGAUUGUGCUGACCACUGAGGGCCAGAAGCAAGGGGAAGAUGAUGUCUCAAAGAAGCUGCAUCAGUGGAUCGAGGGACGUCUGAGCCGACACAAGUGGCUGACUGGUGGCAUUGAGGUUGUGGAUUCGAUUCCCAGAACCCCCUCGGGUAAGAUGCUGAGAAGAGAGAUGCGGGACCGAUAUCAUGAAAGCGUGAAGAACAGUAGCAAGGCGAAGCUGUAA